AUGCGUUCCUUACUCGCCUUUUUCGCCUUAGCUGUCUCGGCCGGUGUUUCUGCUCUUGUUUCUCCAGCGGGUGAACCUGCGUGCAUAGCAGAGUACUGUGCUGGGAACUUCCCCAAUGCCGUUCAGCCCCCUGCUCCCACCCCAUCUGUUCCCUCCCCCCUAGAUGCCUUGACGAACGCUGAAAGGCUAGUUCGUGGUAUGCCCUUGAAGGCUCCGGUACGCAGGAGGAGUGAUUUCGUCCGCCGCUCGACGCCUUCCUCUGUCCCCGUCAUUCAAGUCGUAAAGACCGUAACCAAACGCGGAGUUAUCGAGGUCAAAAACAGCACGGGAGACUGUCUUGGUUAUAUUUCCAAGAAUUCUCUCAGCAAAGCCCAGCUCCAAUAUGAGUCGGCCAUCGAGAACGCCACCACCGUUACUUUCCCCAUCCAAGAAUCCUCGAUCUCAGCUUCACAAGUCCGGAUCACCAUGGAGGACUCGGAUGAGAUCGGUUUUCCUCUCCUUGGAUUGGUGCAGGGUGCUAACGACACAAGCGUUGAUAUUGGUUCGGAAUCUUACAACCAGGAUCUUGCACGUGGUAUCUCAUCUCGAUUCGUCACAGCGGUCGCUGGCGCUGUCCCGGCUAACAUCUCCAAUGCCUACACUAACGUGACGACUUUGGUUAGAGCAGCAGAGUCCGAUGUUUGGACCAUCGACCUCACUACAGGAAACCUCUCCCCUCAAUGGAUCAACUCCAAUGGCUGUAAGCUCGGUGCUCACCCUCACAUCUUCCAAGCACUCAAUGUUUCCCUCUUAGCCGCCCCGACCACUGUGCUUUUUGCACAAUCCAGCGCGCUCUAUGCUGGCGGUAACUCGUCCACCUUUUCAGCGCAGUUUCCUUCACCGAUCACGGAAUACACCCUCCAGUUCGUCGAGACGAAGUAG